UUGGCUACGGUAUGACACCAUUUCUACGGAAGCCGCAUAUUAGCUUUGGCCCGCGCGUUUUAAAUAUCGGGAUGGGGCAUUUUCAAAUACACAUCUCAGUGGUUUUUCCCAAGCUAUUAGGUGGUCUCCGGUAAUGGCGCGCCGGCGGCAGUCGGGAGCAUGGCACUCCUUAACGGGCGCUGGGAAAGGGAGCUGCAGGAACAGAUCUCCUUGUUGUCGGCUGGUUCAGCUGAAAGUAGCGAGCAGCCAGAGCAUCUCGGCACUGGCCUCACAAGAAUAGGACUGCUACACCUCAGCGAUGAGGUCCUCAUCCUCAUCCUCCGACAGUUAGAUCCCGUCUCUUUACUACGAGUCGGGAGCACGUGUCGAACCAUGUUCCGGAUCUGCUCCUGCAGCUCUCUCUGGACGCCGCACUUCCAGGCGUCGUUUGGAGUGCCAUUCGCCGCUGCCACCUGCUCCGUCUCGGCCAAAGACGGCUUCCGGCUGAUCUUCAUGUGGAGGACGCUCUACAAAAGCCUGCAUUUCAACCGAUCCCUCCAGGAGAAGCUCUUUGCAGAGAUUCCUUUCCCCCCAGACAAGUAUUGGAUUCAGUGGCUGGUCCUUGAAGAAACCGUUCCGUUGCCUCCAGUCAGGCUGGCCUUUGGAGAAAUAGAAACCCUAUGGGGGAUACAAACGGACCUAUUGGAAAGGAAAGAGCAAGAGACGGCUGAUGAGGGGACCCUCACGCUGGAGUGGAGUGAGCUGCACCGCCGCGCCCUGCAGCAGCACGGCAGCCUCGCCGUGGUUUUCCAGCAUGUUCUCAACCAGCACGAACCAAGCGACCACAGGGAGCUGGAGGACCUGUUCUACCAGUACAGACGGCACCGCUUCCACUGGUUCUUCUCCUAUUGGCUGUUCCGCCAGCCGGCACCCCUUGACCGGCAGCUGCGCACGAUCUACCUGCAGUGGCGACCGCACAGCCGGCGCAAGGUGUCGUCAUGGGGCAGCGCGCUGUGCGAUGUGCGUUACCUGGCGUCACUGCACCAGGUCACUGCCGACUACUGGAGGGGCCGGUUGGCGUGUGGCGACGAGGCUGCGGGAAUCCAGACUGUGGAGAACUACUUCUCCAUGUGCAAGUCGCUAGUGGCCUGGAUUUUGGGACGUGGCUGGGGUGGACUGAAGCGCAAAAAGGUAUAUGAGGACACCCUGCGAGGCGUCUACCGGCUGCUCCGGAGGGAGAUGCUGGACUCGCUGGUGGAGCGUGACCGGUUCUGGCAGGUCGCCAAGAUGCAGAUGUGCCGCGUGUGCACGCUGGCAGAGACUGCAAUCAACUAUGUCAACUGGAAGAUGAUUGAGACCCUGCCCUAUUACAAACUGUACUUGGUGUCGGGGAAUGUGAUUUACCUGCAGCAUGUACAGAGCUUCCUGUCCAGGAAGAGGCUGGUCCAUGACUGGAUCCACCUGGAGGAGAACAGCUGGUUGCGGUGUUUGCUGUCAGAUGAGCUCUACAGGCUACUAGAGUAUGACACCAAGAUCACUCAAGACGGCCUGCACGGGGACUCUGUGAGCGCCCAGCUGACCCGGGUACUCUGGCUCUACCUGCACUCUGGGCAGCAGCUGUACAUGGAGGCUCUGAAGGCCAUGGCCCUGCAGUGUGCCCACGCCAGUCUGGGCUACUACGCUGCCCUGGCGGCUGGCGGGCUGCUUCCCCUCCCUGGCUGGUGAACCUCGGUGCAGGGGUUCGACAAGCACACGGCAUCCCCAGACGGCAGCUGGAAGUAACCUUCAUUCAGCUCUUUGACCUGAUUUUUUAUAUUGUAAGUUUUACUAUGCUGGGUUUUUUUUAAAUUUGGGG